AUGAACAUACCGGACUUCUGCCAGACCUGCAACGCCCAGUUCACUGACGAAGGCGUCACCCUCUCCCGCUGCUCCCGUUGCAAGGUAGUCCACUACUGCUCCGUCAAGUGCCAGAAGGAAGACUGGAAGGCGGGCCACAAGAAGCAAUGCGCAGAGUUCAUUACGGAGAUAAAUGCUGAGCCGAAGAACACCAUGGGCCUGCCGGACGAUCUCUGGAACAUGAUGAAGCACAAGGCCCACAAGACCAAGAUCGUGCCCCUCCCCAAGCCCACCCCGAGCUGCGUCAGACCAGUUUUCUCGGUUGGAGCUGGUGCUUGUACCUUUGUCGAUGGAAAGCCCGUUCUCAAUCCACCCAAGGGCCUGACUGCGGGUGUUUUAAUGCCGUUCUCUCGCCUUGAUUCGAAGACUUGGCUGCACGACCGUGCUGAAGCUGAUGUCUACAAACUGCCGAUCGAUACCUACCGCCUCCGCGUCGUUCAGGAACAGAGAGAUAACGAAAAGCCCGAAUACUCUGAAGACCCCAUAAAUGGCUUCAAGGCCUUCCUUAAGCUCUUUGGCGACAAACGCGAGUUGCUUCCUGGCUCGUGGGCCGAGCAAAAGGCGGAGGAAUGUGUCAAGGUCGGUGAAGGCGAGGGAUGGAGCCCUUUACAUCGUAUGGUUUUGAAGAAGAAUGACGUCAAUGCACACUACGGAGAGCCGCGUUUAGGUUUGCAGCUUCGUCUCUUCGGAGAGCAGGUGUAUGAUACCGCUCCUGCGGGCCGAUGUCUUUCGAUCUAG